AGGUCAUCAUUAAGUUUUCUUCACAUAAUAUUGAAUAUUACAAUGGCAGUGGUUGCUCAUAUUGCUUCAAAUGACCCAAUCAGUCAAUUGAAGAUUGACGGAUGCCUCAUUUGUCCAAGCAAGUGGAUACAAAUUCCUGAUGUCUCAGAGGUCUGCGUGCAAAAUAUUGCAAAGUUUGCUGUGCAGGACUACAACCUCAUACAUAAGGAGAGUUUCAAAUACAAGAGCAUUAAGUGUGGUUGGUUUAUGGAGCUGAAGGGUGAAGAC